GAUCACGAUUCACCACGAGUUUUGUCGCUGCGAUUUUUGGCAGACCUUGCAAAACGUCGGCGGGCAGUCGCGGCAGCUCACGGCGCCUACCACCGCAUCUCACCGUGUUAAUUUCAUGUGGAAAGAGCCUCAAAUAUUGAUUGGCUCUCAUAGGCUGGUCCGAGUCUCCCAGGAAACAAAGCUAUUGAGGGUAGACUUUGCCCUGCAUGUAGCUUUUAUGGAACAGAGCUGCACUGAGGCCGAGAGUGAAAGGUUCACCAUUCAUUAUAAGGCUCCCUUAUCAAGAACUCCUUGGUUACAAAACUCGCAUGGAGAGACCAGCAGUGGUUAAUGGGGAUCAACUUCCUCCUCCUUACAACUCCACAUACCCACAACCCUACAGCCAUGGAGACAGGAAUGUCGGGGAGCCGGGAAUUUUCACAGUCACUCAAAGUAGUAAUAAUGUCGGAACAGCAGGCGAACUGCCUCCAGAAUACACGCAGUACUUUGAGGAUGUUAACUGCUUCUCUGAAACUUCCGUCAGACGAGGUUUUAUCAGAAAGGUGUACCUCACCCUUAUGGUUCAAUUGCUGAUAACAGUCGGAAUAAUCUGUGCAUUCCUCUAUUGGAAUGCUCUUAAAAUAUUUGUCAUCCGCAGCAGUUGGUUUGCCUACACUAUGAUGGGGACAACACUUGCUCUUGUCAUUGUGCUUUCCUGUUGUGGUGAUGUCCGCCGAAAGGUUCCCUUGAACUUCUUCUUCCUCGGGCUGUUUACUGUUGCAGAGGGUAUGGUGCUUGGAUCAGUGACUGUGUACUUUAAUGCAGAGGCUGUUCUUUGGGCAGUAGGAGCCACUGCCUUGGUGUCUUUCGGUCUGAGUGUAUUUGCAAUGCAAUCUAAGUGGGACUUCACAACUGUCAGUGGAAUCCUUUGGGCACUAUGCUGGACUCUGCUCUCGUUUGGAAUACUCUGUGCUAUCAUGAGAUCCCAGUAUCUGUACAUUGUUUAUGCAUCACUGGGGACGCUGGUCUUCUCUAUAUACCUGGUGAUGGAUACACAGCUAAUGCUGGGUGGGAAACACAAAUACGCCCUGAGUCCAGAGGAAUACAUUUUUGCUGCACUUAACCUCUACCUAGACAUUGUAACACUUUUCUUGAUGAUCCUUCAGCUGAUCGGGCUCUGCCGUUAAUGUAAAUGAUAAGGGACCAAAAAGACUAAAAAGAACAUUCACCAUAAUCUCUGCACUUUCUCACAGUAUCUCUUAUUAUAUUCUGCAGCACUGUGAUUAUGUAUGUAUUUUUACAUGGAAAACUUCUCAUUUGUAAAAUAAUCAAUAAAUACAUAUAGUCACGUUAUUCCAGGAAUACAUGCUACCUUGUAACUCAGGGAUUUUUAUUGAUGUAUAAUAAACCAACAAACGACUGUAGAUAUACUAAAUGU